CGUGAACCGGCCCGGCCGUAAGUUGUAUAACAAUCACAGACCAUUUAUGACAAUCUAGGACUAGGGCGAAAUAACUGAAACCUUAUAUCCUCAUAAACCGUAGUUUUUUCAAUUUCGUGUUGGCAACCAAGCUUUUUUUGACAUCUUCAUUCAUCCAUCUGUCGAUCGUCGACCUAGCUCAAAAAUACGUUAUUUCAAAACUUCUGCCAAAAGCAAGUGGUAAAUAUUCGGGAACCGAUAUAUUAUUUAUGGCACAAAUAGAAAAAGGUUCUCAAUGAUAUUGUUUUGUGAUUAUGUUAAGCUCCAAAUGUGGUUGUAAAAAUAAGGAAAAUCAUCAUCCGGUAGCCGCUGGUCGGUCUGCCUGCGGUUGUCCCAUCAUCUCGCAGAAAAUGGAUAACUUCAAAGUGCCAGCUGUACCUGUCAGCCGCCCUCUGCAAACCAGCACCAAAGUAAACGUAAAUGAAAACAAAGAACAGCCUGGGAAAUCAGAUGUACCUAACAAAAAAGAUGAUAAGAAACCGAAGUCGUGGUCUCUGUCGGACUUUGAUUUGGGACGUCCACUCGGUAAAGGUAAAUUCGGCAAUGUAUACUUGGCUCGCGAAAAAGAAUCUCACUAUGUUGUGGCGCUGAAAGUGCUCUUCAAGAGCCAGAUAUUGGAUUCUGAAAUCGAACACCAAGUGCGUCGCGAAGUGGAGAUACAGUGCCGUCUACGUCACGCGAACAUACUGCGAAUGUACGGUUAUUUUCACGACGAAAAACGGAUAUAUUUAAUUUUAGAAUACGCAAAGCAUGGAGCCCUGUACAAAUUAUUGAAGGAGCGCGGACGUUUCGACGAGAGAACUGCUGCUAUUUACGUCAGAGAUUUAACUAGGGCAUUGAUAUAUUGUCAUUCUAAGAAAGUUAUUCAUCGCGACAUAAAGCCCGAAAACUUGCUGAUUGGACAUAAUUGGGAGCUGAAAAUAGCUGAUUUUGGUUGGUCUGUGCACUCUCCAUCUUCAAGAAGAAUGACACUAUGUGGAACAUUAGAUUACUUGUCUCCUGAAAUGAUUGAAGGGAAGCCUCAUAGCUACGCUGUGGAUAUUUGGAGUUUAGGUGUGUUGUGUUAUGAAUUGCUGGUUGGUUUGCCACCAUUUGAUGCAAAGGAUACGCAUCAGACUUAUAAGAAGAUUCGCUAUGUAAUUAUUAAGUAUCCAGAGUUUAUUACUGACAAAGCCAAGGACUUGAUGGGGAAGCUGUUAGUUAUUAACCCGGAACAAAGACUGCAAUUGCCCGAUGUCCUGACACAUCCAUGGAUAGUGGAGAAUGCUCCGGAAGGUUCCAAGCCAACAUUCUGUACUGAGCAGCAGAAAUAAUGCAGUCAAUAUUGUAAUUGUAGAUGGAUUUGAUUAAUUACGUCAAUAUUUUCUUAGUAUUUUACUUAUGUUUCAAGAAUAUGUCCACUCAGAAGCUAUGUUCUGUUGAAUGUGUAAUAAAACUUGCAAAUUUUUGUGUCUAUGUCCACUAUGUUAUAAAUAAUAAUAUUUUAUACAUAAAAAAUUUACAAAGUUUGAUAAUUUCAUUGAUUAUAUUAGCAAACAUUAAGUGAUAGAUAUUAAACCUUAGUGUGAAAAAUUAUAAUAAUUUAUACAUAAAAAAAUUACAAAGUUUCGUGAUUUCAAUACUUUAGAAACCAAGUUGAUACCUAUUAGAUCUAUUGAAAAAUAAUGCCAAACUUCAUUGUAAACAAAGAACUUGAUAUACAUAUUUUAUUUGUGACAUGUUAAAUAAGUUUUGUGUGGACAUAUUUACAUAUAUUUAUGAUUAAAAUUUAGACCAAUUUAAUUAUGAAAAUUUUAAUUUUAAGAUUUUUUUUAAAAUAAUGUUACAAUGCCAUAACUGCCAUGAAUAUUUGGGUUGUAAAAGGACAAACAUUGACUGAACAACUAGUUAUUUAUUGAAUUCAGACAUAUUUCUAGAUGACAAAUGAUAAAUGUAAAUAGUUUUAAUACAUUCUAAAAUUUUAGUAAA